UUCCGGUAUCUGAGGCUGUUAUCAAAACAGAUCAGAGAAGAACUGCGACUUUUUCACUUUGGAGCGAGUCGCUUCGGUUCCUUGUUAGUUUUUUGUUUUUGUUUUGUUUAAUUUUUUAAGCAUAUAUAUUACUGUCUUCAGUCGGAUUUUUUCGCCGUUUUCUUCAAGAUGGUGAAAGUUUCGUUUAACUCCGCUCUGUCACAAAAGGAGGUGAAAAAAGACGAUGAAAGCCUGAUCCCGGAGGAGGAAGUGGAUGCAGAGGCGGCUCUGCCGGUGCACCGCCAGUCCCGGACAUGGUGCUGGUGCGUGUGUUUGGGCAUGGCCCUCAUGCUGUCUGGAGUGCUGAUUGCAGGAGCUUACCUGUUCCGCUACUUCACAGUAGAGACAGACAAAGACAGUUCCUUCCUGAUCCCGGAGAGGGAGCCAGUGUUUUUCUGUGGAGUCAACUACAUUGAAGACAACUACAUGAUGAGAGAUGAAGAGAUGGAUGUUCCCAGCAGCCUGAGGGAGCUGGAAAUGACCAUCCGCAUCCUGGAGGAGGAGCAGGUGGAGAUUAUCAGCGUUCCCGUUCCGAACUUUGAAGAUGGAGACCCAGCAGACAUCGUCCACGACUUCGAGAGGAGGCUGACUGCAUACCUGGACCUGAAUCUGGACAAGUGCUAUGUCAUCCCCCUCAACACCUCUACUGUCAUGCCCCCCAGAGACCUUAUGGAGCUGCUGGUCAAUGUCAGGGCUGGAACCUACCUGCCCCAGUCAUACCUGGUCCAUGAGGAGAUGGUGGUGACGGAGCGUCUUGAGCGUGUCGACCAGCUCGGCUACUUCAUCUACAACCUCUGCCGUGACAAGGAGACCUUCAAGCUGCAGCGCAGAGACAGGAUUCUGGGUAUUCAGAAGCGUGAGGCGCUGAAAUGCCGCAAGAUCCGCCACUUCGAGAACAAGUUUGUGGUGGAAACUCAGAUCUGCGAGCCCUGAGCCGCUUCAGCACAGCCCAUUGAGCCACCGGGAGGGCGUUCUUGAUGUCACCUGUCUUCUUUUCUUUGCUUCAGGUAGUUUGAGAGAAUGAGGGAAGUGAAAUGUGAAAUAGUUUGGUAAAGAUUCAUGCAUUGUUUUGAGGGGAAAAAGGCGACGCUGGUAUUUUUCCACUUUCUGCACAGGAACAUCCUGGGGAAUCCUACCCCAAAGUAACUUGCUUUAUUUCAGCUGAGGAUCCAUUUAUAAAUUAUUGUAAUCAAAGCAAGCGCAGCGGCGUGAACAUUUAUUUUGAUAGACUAAACCUGAUUACGUUUUGAUGAACCACUGAUAUCCUGGUUGUUGAGGCUCGUCAGUCCAGGGACACUUUAUUAUUUUCAUAUACUGUAUCUGCUGUAGUGAUUAUUGUACUCUUCGGUUCUUUCUUAACUGCAGAAUGAGAGUUAAAGAGUUUUUUCUGCUUUGAAUUAAAAAAAAAUUGAAACAUAAAAUGCACACAACCAUAGGUUGACUUUUUUCACAGCUUCUUCAGUUUUAAAUGUCAUUUUGUUGGGAUUUCUUUACUUGUUUUACUAAUUUGUGUAAAAAGAAACAAUAAACAAAUAUAGAAA